AUGGCAGCUGUGUGCAUGCAGAUCGGACUGACCUUUGUUGGCCCGCGCUUGCCGUCCAGGGCAAUUUCCACCCCUCCUACAGUUCGCCUUGCUGGCGAUAACCUUUUCGAGCGGUUUGCACGAGUUGCGAAGGCCAACGUGAACAAGGUUCUACAGGGCUUGGAAGAUCCCGAGAAGGUCCUUGAUCAGGCCUUGGAUGAGAUGCAGGGCGACCUCAUUAAAGUGAGGCAGUCCUACGCCGAGGUGCUCGCAACGCAGAGAAGGCUACAAACCCAAAAGGAGCAAGCUGACAAGAUGGCUGAAGAUUGGUACAAGCGAGCUGAGAUGGCUGUUGAGAAGGGUGAUGACGAGCUCGCCAAGGAAGCCUUGACCCGAAGGCAGACCUCCGUGACCAAGGCCACAGAGUUGCAGUCGCAGAUCGAAGCGAUGGCAGGGAAUGUGGAUAAGCUCUUCGAGUCUGUCAAGGCCCUUGAGGCGAAAAUCACGCAGGCAAAGGAGGAGAAAGAGCAGCUGAUUGCACGGGCUCGUACGGCCAAAACAACUGCUCAGGUCAAUGAGAUGCUCUCUGAUGUGUCCAGUGUGGGUUCUACUGGGGCUUUCGACCGCAUGAAGGAGAAGGUCGAGAUGUUGGAAACUCGUGCAGAGGUCUCACAGGGUCUGCUUCCAGAGGCGCAAGCGACGGGCAGCCUCGAGGACCGCUUCAAGCAGCUGGAAGCGGGAAGCGCAGUGGAUGACGAGCUAGCCAGGAUGAAGGGCAAGAAGGUCUUGACUGAAAAGAGCGCGAUUGAUGAUGAGCUGGCAGCCAUGCGACAGAAGCUGCAGGAAAAAUAG